GCUUGUGCCUCGCCCAAUGGAAUGUAACUUUUAACACUGCAGUACCGUUAGGCGCCAGAAGUUGAAUGAACUUUCACCAACUUGAGUAGUUGUUAAACAUAUUAAGUAUUUUUGAAAUUGGCUUGCAUAUCUUUUGUGGGUGCUGUAUGUUCAUAAUUGAAAUUGGUUCUUUUUCUAUGUCAAGACAGUGUGUCAGUUUGCUUUGUGACAUGAGAUUGAAGAUCAGAUCACCAGUUGUUUUUGUGAGUUUUGUGGUGUUCUGCUGUUUAAUUCUUCUUGCCAUAAACAUUUAUGAGCUACAAUGGAUGAAAACUGAACAUAUUCGGUACCAUCAUAAUGACAAGGCUAAAAUUCAAGAAACUUCUGCUACUGUGACCAAUGCACCAGUGUUUCUCGCCUAUGGAAAAAAUGUAGAUUCUGGCCACUUGAAGCACGUGUUUGAAAUGUUUCAACAUUUUGGCUAUAUCCGAGGAUCACUGGAGUUAAGCGAUCACUGGGACGUCCUAUGGGCUCAUGAUUACCCGUUCAGAAAACUCUCCACCAAAUUGAAAAACCUCAAAUCCCACCAGAUGGUGAACCACUUUCCUGGCUCUGGAUUUAUUACCAACAAGAUGGAUUUAGCCGUGUCGAAUAUUCCACACAUCCCCCGGGCUUUCAAGAUUCCUCAGCAGACUCAGGAGCUCCUUGACUACGCAAGUACUAUAAAAAAGUUUGUUCAGAAAAGCAACGACCAUAGAGGCAUCAAGAUUGAAACUGUGGAAACAUUGAAUCUUAAGGCUAAUGGAAGUUUUCUACAAGAAUACAUUGACAAGCCAUUUCUCGUUGAUGGGUACAAGUUCGACAUUGGUGUCUAUACAAUUAUUACUUCCAUAGACCCUUUGCGAGUGUACAUAUACAAUGGUGAUAUAUUAUUCAGAUACUGUCCAGAGAAAUACCACCCGUUUGAUCCCAAGAAUUUAAACAAGUAUGUCAUAGGAGACGAUUACCUGCCAACUUGGGAAGUGCCAUCACUGAAGAAGUUAUACACUGAAUUGGGCUAUUCUAUGAGAGAUUCUUUCAAUGCUUACGUCCGUAGUUUAGGAAAGGACCCGAGCAAAAUCUGGCUGCAGGUGGAGGAAGCUAUCAGAGCUGUCUGUCUAGCAAAAGAAUCAGCUAUUUCCAAGGUCCUGUCUACCUUGCCCUCUCAUCGCAACUUCUUUGAGAUGGUUCGCUUUGAUUUUGUUGUCGAUGAGAACUUAAAUGUCUUCAUCAUGGAGGCAAACAUGUCUCCAAACCUGUCUUCAGCUCAUUUUCUUCCGAAUCAGUUACUAUAUGAACAAGUCCUCUUCAAUCUGUUCAAUUUGGUGGGACUGGCCAGUAAAAUUAAUAUAACCAAGGCGGAGGUUGCCACUAAGAACGUGGCAGUAUCAGCGGCCGAGUGCACCAGUGCAGUGUGUGUCGGCUGCAUGGCACCGCAGUGUCAGUUAUGUCUGCCCUGCCUCACACCAGACACUCUCGAUACUCUUUAUCGGGCCUAUAGAGAACACACAAGCCGACAUGACUGUCACAGAAUCUUCCCCCCUCCCAUGACACAAGAGUCAGCAGAGACUACCGAAGUGAGUGAUUUGCUGAGUCCAGAGAAUCAGCUGAUGGUACGAUGGUUCCAAGCUAAAUGUAAACAAGACUCAUCGUGGUGUUGAAAACCAAAUUAUUUUACUAAAAUCCAAAGAUUGAUAUUUAUGAUAAUUGUCAUACAAGGUGUGGCUAGAAAAAGUCCGGAUUAGUAUUAGUGGAUACAUAGACCAAAUGCAAUAAGGCAGAAUAUUGUACCUCCUCCUCGUGUUUCGUCUGACCACUGUACUUAUUUCGCCUGUAGCGGAUCAUUUUCCGUAACCAUGUUCAUGUCUUCUGUCGCUUUUUCUUUUUACUGCUUCAGCAGUUUCAAAUCUCGUUCCUUUCGAAGCUGACUUGACUUUAGGAAUAAAAAGUCACAGGUAGGUGAGUAGGGUGGACGAUCUAAAAUGGGGAUGUUGUGUUUGGCCAAAAACAUCUUCACUGACAAAGCUUUGUGAGCUGGAGCAUUGUCCUGUUGAAGGAUCUGUGACUUACUUUUCAAUAAUUGUUCAGUUUUCUCUGUACAUGCUCAAAUAGUAGUCAAGAUGCUAAUGUAGUAGUUCUGACUAAUUAUUGGCUAUAUAUUCAAACAAGAUCUGUACUUUUCAAUGUUGGCAUCAGUUUUGAUAACAAUGGUCUGUCAAUGUGUGUGUUGUUACUUGUAUUUUUGCUGCCAUCUUUAAAUCAUUUAAACCACUUAAACACUUGUGUUCGUGAUGAACACUCAUCACUGUUCACUUGUUGUAACAUUACAAUUGUUUCAUUUAGUGUGGGUGGAAUAAAAACGGGAGCCAGAUGUAUGAGGAAGGGUGCGGAGGGGAAGUACGAUAUUCAGCUUUAUUGCGUCCAUUCUGUGACUCCGCCAAUACUAAUCUAGUCAUUUUCUAGCCACACCUCAUACACAUAUGUUGUAGCCAGAAAAGUUUAAACAAUACUCUUAGUUUAGUUAUUAAUAAUACAGUGUAGACAUGAUUAUUAGAUCUCCUUUAUAAAUGUUUAUUAUUUUCUAGUGUCGUUGAAAGUAAUAAUGUUGGAAUUGGUUUCAGAGUAUUAUUAGUGAUUAGUUGAAUAAUAGUUUUUAACAUUCAUUUUUAUUACAAUGAGUGCAACAAUGAAAACCCUUAAACAAACAAAACUGCAUG